GGGAAGUUUCAUGGUCAUCCCAUACUUCCCCAGUCUGAUGCUUUGAGCAGAAAAUAUUACUGGCUCUGGGUGGCCAACGAUGAGAACUGCGGCAUCUGCCGGAUGGCAUUCAAUGGCUGCUGCCCCGACUGCAAGGUCCCGGGAGACGACUGCCCGCUGGUCUGGGGCCAGUGCUCCCACUGCUUCCACAUGCACUGCAUCCUCAAGUGGCUCAACGUGCAGCAGGUGCAGCAGCACUGCCCCAUGUGCCGGCAGGAGUGGAAGUUCAAGGAGUGAGCGCCCGGCCACCCCCCGCGCCGGGCCAAGAUGACUUGGG